AUGAUGCCCGGGUCGCUCAGAAAGAAGAAAGUCGUCAUGGUCACCGGUAGUUCUGGUACAAAUCGCAUGCUCGGGAUACCACACAUGAAAGAGAUGAUCUACGAAAACCGAAAGACAUACGCCGAGAUGCACGGUUUCGAUUUAAUGUGGGCAAACAUGACAAGCUACAACUUGCCUAACGGCGAGCAGAUCUACUGGAACAAAAUCCCCGUUCUCAAAGAAGCCUUCGCACGUUACCCGGACGCAGAAUGGGUAUGGUGGAUGGAUAUGGACAUAAUAAUCAUGAACAUGACCCUCAGCAUCUACGACCACGUCCUGUCUAAGGAGGGAUUAGCACGCAAUAUCCUUCUUGAUCGCGAGCUGACCGGUGCCGGCGGUGGGAAAACUGGCUACAGCACCCCAGCUACAUAUCAGCACGAGGACAUCAAGUUUGUCAUCUCGUUGGACUCGUGGGGUAUGAACGUGGGCAACUUCCUGAUGCGUCGGGGUGAGUGGAGCAAAUGGUUGCUGGAUCUGUGGAUUGAGCCGCUCUACAUCUCUCAGAACUGGGUGUUUCCAGAGAACGAUGCGUGGACGCAUAUGUGGCAGCACCACGAUGUUGUUCGGGAUCAUGCGGCGGUCACGACUCAACGCUCGAUGAACGCAUAUCCGGAUUACAACAAACUCGGGGAGAACUGGCAGCCGGGUGAUCACAUCGUUCACUUUGCGGGUUGUGGUGAGGAUGCAAUAUGCGAGCAGAAGUGGAAUAAAUAUUGGAAUCUGCGCGAGAAAAUUGAAGUCCCGAUGUCUGUUCGGAGGAAGUUGGAAGAUGGUACAGCUGAGAUUGAAAACGUCCAAGCCACCAUCGGUUUGCCGUGA